AAACACAAAUACAGAGGCAGUGAGGAUGGUGAUGAUUAUGUGCCUAGUGAUAAUGAUAGUGUGGAAGACUCUGAGAGCGAAGGUCAUAUUUCAGUUACAAAAAAGAGAAAAAGCACGCACCAAAAAGGGGUUGGAAGACAACGUAACUUCAUUCCACCAUCGUCUGUUGCCAAGUUAUAUGGAAUGAACAGAAAACAAUCAACAUUAGUUGGAAAUGCAGCACUAAAAUCUCUAUCAACUGCCAUGAAAGCUUCUCAACAAGGUUAUAUUAUUUAUUUAUUUAUAUGAUGAAUUUGUAUACAUUUUAUUGAGUUACAGGUAAGUUAAAAAUUAGAUUUAACAAUCCAGCCAACAGUAGUCAACCACAAAUGGAGGUUGGUCAUGAAGAUAUUGAUUUUGGAGAAGAUAUUUACGGUUUAGAGAAUGAAGAGCACUAUAGUGAAAAUGGUGAAGAUUUUGACAUGGAAAGAGACGAUCGAGAAGAUGGGAUGCUCUUAAAAAUGACUACAAGCUAUAACAAUGAGGCAAAUGCUAAUGUAGAAGGAGACACUGUUCUGGCUGCGAAUAUCAAGAAGAAGAAAGUUUACAAGUCAAAUACUCCUAGAGGUCCAACGAGAAAUCUACAAUUGGCAAAACUGAGACCCGGUGAGAGGAAGAAAGUAGACUUUAACAUAAAGGGAGAACCCAUUGGUGUUAAUAGAGCUAGUCUUGCGAACUAUUGUGGUGCCAUUGUUAGAGAUACUCUCAAUGCACCACUUUAUCAGAUUGAAGAGUUUUCACAAAUACCCGAUGAGAAAAAGGAUAAGAUGUGGCGGCUUAUUUUGGAAAAAUUUGAUAUUGGGCUUGAUGAUGUUGAAGAUGAAGAGCAAUAUGAAAAGCUAAGUGAAAAGAGAAAAAAGACUUUGAUGAAAUCUUUGAAAAAGAAGUACAAAAGUUAUAGAGGAAGGCUGAAAAGUAAUUAUUACGAUACUGAAGACACAGAUGUGGAACGGUUAAAGGAUGAAAAUAAACCACCGUGUGUUAACAAAAAAGAAUGGAAGUGGCUUGUGGAGUAUUUUGGAUCUCCAAAGUUUCAGGAGAUGAGUAAACGAAAUAGUAAGAACCGCUCAUGCCAAACUGCUGGACACACCGCUGGCACAAAGAGUUUUGCUCAAGUCAUUCAUGAAGUGUGUGAAAAAGAGCAAGUCAUGCCGAACAUAUUGGAAGCAUACGAGAUAACCCAUACCAAAAUUGAUAAGACGCCAGUGAAUGAUGUCGCGAAGCAAAAUAUUUCAAAAAUGAAGGAGCUUUUAGAGCAACGUGCAGCAGGGAAAAAUAAUUUGACGGAUGAAGAAAUUUAUGAAAAAGUUAAACCCAAAGGAAAAUGCCAACGUGGUCGUCGAAUGGGAGUAAGUCCUUCCAUUACAUCAAUGUAUGGGUCAUUCAGUGAAGGAGAACAAUUGCGUAAAGAAGCAGAAGAAGCCAAGAAAGAAGCUAAUGAGGCUAAGAAAGAAGCAUAUGAGGCCAAUGAGAAAAAUAAAGUGCUCACCAAAGAAGUGAAGCGUUUCAAAGGCGAGAUGAAAAAUAUGAAAGGUUGUAUGGAGAAAUUGUUGAACAUCAUGGGUUAUGAUAUCUCAGAUUUAAUAACGAAUGAGGUUGACGAAGAGAGUGACGAAAUGUCAUCGGAUGGAGA